AUGUCCGACAAUGAAAACCCAAGAUGUUUCUUUGAAGUUUCUAUCGGUGACGAGAGAGGUAAGGAACCAGAUUUUCUCUUUCCGAGGCGAUGAUUAAAAACGAAAUUACAACAUGUGGAAGUUAGUUUCACUGAUCCAUGCUCAAACUUAAUUGAAAAUCUAUAUAGUAGAGUGCAAAUUGAGUGAUAGCUGUGCAUUUUGAUGUGGUCUGAAAAAGAGGUCGUUAUGGUGUUGAAGAACUCUUUGGACCAAAAUAGAUUAAUUUUCAAAAUUUGCUGCAUGUUAAUUCAAUUAUCAUUUGUCAACUAUUUUUGAUCGACUUAAGCUUAAAAUGAUUCCAUGUUUGAUCUGUGUUAAAGUUAAGGUUACCAUGCAGAAACUUGCCUUGCUGGUACUUUGUACUUUAUUGCUUGAUUAAAUGUGCCCCUCCCCACAGGGGGUCAUCGAAACAUUUCUUUUUUUGGGGGGGGUGGUGUCUGAGAAAAAAUUGCAAAUUUAUUAAGGAUAAUAUGAAGGGAAACCUAAGAAGUAGCAUCCAUGGUAAUAGAAUUGAGUGCCUCUUUAAACAAACCAGGACCCUGAAUUGAGUUUUUGAUCAUGUCACUAUCUACCUUUGUCAUUUAUCAGUGGGUAGAAUAGUCUUCGAAUUAUAUGCUGACAAAUGCCCAAAGACUGCAGAGAACUUUCGGGCUUUGUGUGUUGGAGACAAAGGGAAUGCUUCUAUAUCUGGGAAACCACUUCAUUACAAAGGCUGCACCUUUCACAGAAGUAAGUACUUUCAUAUGUUGUCCUGCAAUAACUCAUUACAGACAAUCUUGUGUUAGGUAUGAUUUGCCAGUCUUUUCCAUUUUUUCAUAAUUAUAUUUAUACCAUAAUAAACACAGUCAAUGACAGUAUAGGAAAACUGUUGCUUAUUUGACAAUUUUGAUUUCUGGCUUUAGUCAUUAAAGGUUUCAUGGUGCAGGGUGGAGAUUUCACCAAUGGUGAUGGAACUGGGGGAGAAUCUAUCUAUGGUGAAAAGUUUGAGGAUGAGAACUUUGAAUUAAAGGUAGGAAAUGUUUCCUUGGGGUUUUUUUAUGGCUUAUUUAGUUAAGAAGAAAAGUGUUUUAAAAUUCCUAUAUUUUGCUGAUCUCCCAUCUCUGGUAUUUUGUCCAUGACCAAUCUUGCUUUGUUGCAACAUACCACGAGUUUACCAUUAGGUAGUUAGGAAGGUACACUGUAGGGAACAUUUUUCUCAUAAAUCACUAGGGUGUAAGGUUCAUUGCCACUUAAAGGUGCAAGCCCAAGCUGCAAAACCCUUCAGUCAGCCUUCUGUCCAAGGAGUUAGGGCUUCUAUCAGGGUACACGAGUUGAGUGUGCAAAAUUUGGCCUCACCUGCACAAUGAUGCACAGUUACCAAAAAAUCUGAAAAAUCUUGCAUAGUACUAAACAUUGCACUUAAAAAGUUUUUCUUAAUACAAGCAUUGCUUUUAAAUCCCCAAGACUUCCAGAAACUUUUAUAGACUACUCUAGGGUUGUUUUCCUUCAAAAACCAAUCAAGAAAUCCCUUGCUUUAACUUUUUUGUUUUAAUCUUAUCACAGCAUGAUGAACGUGGCCUUCUUUCAAUGGCAAAUGCUGGUGAAAACACUAAUGGUUCACAGUUUUUCAUCACAACGGUACCAACACCACAUCUUGAUGGGAAGCAUGUUGUCUUCGGUAAGGUCACCAAGGGAUGGAGUGUUGUUAAAGAACUAGAAAAUACACCUGUGGAUGAAAGUAAACCUAAAAAGGUGCGUCACUGAUACUGUUUUGUCAUUAGCUCUUUGAUCCUUAAGAAUGACAAGCAUCUAAUUUCUCCUUACAUUAUCGCCCUGAAAUCACACUUUGAGGUCAUGAGAACAAAGGAAAUGUUGGUCACCUAAAGAAGCUGUUGAUUGAAGAUUUUAGAUAUAUGAAAAUUCAUAUAUUUGCACUUGAGAAUUCAUAUAUUUGAUUGUUGAGCAAAUUUUCCUUGUCAGGACCCUAGGAAAUGUAUGGAUGACAGUGUGGAGAAUAUGCAUACUGAUGAUAGCAGGGUGCAGAGGGUUUAUUGGCCUUCCUGUAGCCUUGUAACCUGGGGCAGCACUUCAACCCUUUCACUCUACAGAACUAAACGUUACUUCUCUGCUCUGUAUGCCCUUCUUUUCUCAUAAUUUUGGUGCUUAGAGUUUGUUGUUAAAUAAAAAAAUUUUAUCAGCUGAUUUAUUUCUUCCUCUCAUCACCUUUAAUUUCUGCUUGAAAAUGUAUUAAAAUUUUUAAGAGAAAUGUACCUGGGGUCACCGUUGGGAGUAAAAGAGUUAAUGGGCCAUUUCUGAUAUUGAAAGAAGGCAAGCCAGGAACAUUGCCAGGUCUGAUAUGCAAGGUGCAUAAAUCAGUUUCAAAUAUUUUGAUGUGGCUUAGGGUUUAGGGUUAGAGUAAUGUGUAAUUGUGUUAAUAAGGAAAAUGAAAGAUGAUGAUGAUGAUUUGACCAGAUUUAAUUGUCAUUUCCUCUCUUAGCUAUGUGUCAUUGAUGACUGUGGUGAGCUGCAACCAGGGGAAGAUGAUGGCAUAUGCGCUGAUGAUGGAACAGGAGACAAGCUUCCAGAUUGGCCAACAGACUCUGAUCUAGAUUUCAGCAAGGUAGUCUCUUAGUUGCAAAUGUAGGGGCUUCAUUUUUCCACAUUUUUUCAUUCAUUAGAUAAGAUAGACAGAACAAGCUUAAUACUAAUCUUUAAGGCAUUUUUGUUUUUUUAACAUGAUUGUGUACCUAUAGCAUAGCAAAUGGGAUGUCCUAAAUUUGCUGAAAGUGGAGUUGUUGUUAUUUCAGCCUGAAGAAGUAUUAGCUGCAGCAGAGGCACUGAAGGGUAUUGGAAAUGAACAGUUCAAGGCCCAAAAUUAUGAACUAGCCAAAAAGAAAUACUCCAAGACACUGCGGUAAGAUGAACUUAAAUCGUUUUUUUAAGCUAUAGCCUCAAAUACUCCAAGACACUGCGGUAAGAUGAACUUAAAUCGUUUUUUUAAGCUAUCGCCUCAAAUUUUUUAAAGAAAAAUGACAGAAAAGGGGCCUUUAGUCUUGAUCAAUGACUUUGUCUCUAUCCUCUAGCUAUCUAAAUCACUCUGAUUCUGAUGAGGAAACAUCCUCAAGUGAAGAGGAAGGGGAAAAAGCUGAAAAAGUAAAGGAAGAAAAUAUACAGGAGGAGAAGAUACAAUCCUUGACAAUAAGUUGCUUUUUAAACAGGUGAGGCUACAUACCAAGAACUCUCUUUUAGUUUAUCUCAAGCCAAACAUUUCCUGAUGUAUUACACUGUACUUAUCAGCACAAACAUUAUUUUAGAAUAGUCUGCAGAUCAUAAAUUUCUCCACUAAUAAGCAAAUCUUUCCCUUAUUGAAAAACAAAAAUUGGUGGAUUUAAAGUAUGGAUUUUGUGUAUGGUGAAGAAUUUAGCCAUUUUUUAUUACAUUUUUAGUCUUUCAAGAAAAAGGUAUCACAGAUUGUUGAAUUUAACAUUUACAGGGCCUUUUGUGAAAUUAAGCUGGGAGACCAUGCAGGAGCUGUAGAAGAUUGUAAUGAGGUACAGUUGAUUUGUACUUCAAACUACCAACUAGAGAGUGUGAAACAUCUGUCAUAUGGUAGAGGCAGUGUUCCUUGGAAAGUUUGCAAGGACAAAUUGACAGUUGCCACCACAAAUUGACAUCAAGAGCUGCCUUGUGUAACAUGAGGCAAAAAAUCAUUCCCUCUGAUGGAGGCCUAAUGCUUGAAAUAUCAGCUUUGAAACUCUUUAUGGUGGCCAAUUUGUGUUAACUCAGUUGAUAAUAUCAAACUACCUUGUUGUACUCUUCUACCAACACAGCUCCACAAUUUCUUUUGAAACCAACUCCCACUUAAAAUUGAUGUUUUAAAGUGUUAUUAAAAUCACCAUCAGUUGCAGUACUUCUGUUUUAGUUACCCCACUGGUUAUCCCUGGUCUCAGGCCUGUGUACAUCUGCCCCUUUCCCUGGAAAAAAUCCUUUCUCCCCCUUGUUUCAGGAGAGGGAAGUUCAAAUGAGGUUAUGUCAACUUUUUAGCCUUUCUUUUCUUGUAAAAAUAUAAAUUCAAGGCAAAUCAUGCAUAUUUUUUCUUCUCCAAGGUGCUGGAUCUUGAUGAUAAAAAUGUAAAAGCUCUCUACAGAAGAGGACAGGCUAAAAUGAACAUGCAAGACUUUGAUCAAGCAAUGGUACCCACUCUGUCUAGUGUUUUUUAGGUUUUUGACAUUUAAUUCAAACAAUUGAGAUUAAUACCCUUUUUUUGUUGUUGUUUAACAGGUUGAUUUUCAGGCUGCUGCUAAACUGGAACCUAAUGACAAGAGUAAGUUUCUUUAUUUCCUUGAAUAAGUUAGUGUUCAAGGAGCUUCUUUUUAAACAAUUUGUCAACCACCUCUAACAAAGGUGGACAUUAGUAAGAAAUAUUUCAAAGUAGGAAGAUAGGUACAUUUUAAAUAUGUCAAGUUGAUCAGUAAUAUGCAGUCCUGUUGUUGAAGGAAUUUGGAUUUAAGACAAUCUACCACACAGGUAGGUUGUGGGGGAAAUCCAUUUGUUGGGGCCCCUCCUUCACUGCUAAGGUACUGCAUUUGUCAUAGGGCUGAGUUGUGCAAAACCCUGUUAUAAUGUUCCUUGGGUGCAAAGCUAAGACAUUGCCAUGUCAGUUGCAUUUGGUGUCAAGCUUAUUGGGCUUUGAACAUUGUCACCCAACUCAAUCAUUCCCAGUCAGAAUGUAGUAUCAUACCAGUAAAAACAAGUUAGUUAUACUGGUGAAAUAAUUUAGACCUGCACUCUUGGUUUUUUUCAGGCAUAAAGAAUGAGAUGGCAAGACUAAAGAAGUUAAAGGAGGAGCAACGCAACAAAGAAAAACAAAUCUAUUCAAAGAUGUUUGGCAAAUGACCAAAACUUGUCAAUGUUUGCGGAACUUUACCCUUUAAACUUUGCCCUAUUCAAGUGAGGUGCUAAAGCAAGAUUUACAGCCAUGUUUUUCAGGCAAAGCUUUCAUUACAGCAAGUGAAGUGGUUAACAUUUGCUCAAAUCACACAAGUGUUCACUUUUUCUAUAAAGUGUAGUCGUAACUUGACUAAUUACCAAGUGGAAAGUGGUUUUAGAUUAAACAGUGAAACAAUGCAAAGUGGUUUAUUGUAUAAUUUACCAGGUUUUUUGGUUUUGCCCAUCUUUUUUUAGGGAGAAAGGAGGGGUUACAUUAUCAGUAAACUAACGAAGUACAGUAUCCACAACACCAGAAAUUAUGAACCAUUUAAUGAUCUAGUCUCCCUCACAGAUCUUGUUGGGGCCAAAAUACAACAUGUCCUAUUUAACAUUAGGGCCUAACACACACACAGGAUGGCAAUGUUGAGGAAAACAGCAAAUAAAAACUGAAUUUCUAGUUUUCUUUAAAAUUCCAUGAAUGGCUGGAUGUGUUUAUCCUUUUUUGAUAGCACCUACCAAAUAUUCCAAGAUUACAUAAAAUACCAUGAUUUUCAGGAGAAGGCCCAAUCUUCGACAGGUGCCUGGCAUGAACAACAUUAACCCUUUACAUCCCAUGAGUGACCAAGACAGAAUUUCUCCUUACAAUAUCAAGACAAUACAAGGCAGAAAAGUGACAAGAAAAAGGAAAAAUAUCAAUUAGGGGAUUACCUAUUAGUUGAUCCAAUACCAAAUUCUCCAAACUAAGAUCACAAGAACUGUAUGGUAGACAGUAAGGAGAAAUACCAAUGAGAUCUUGGGAGUUAAAGGAUUAAGACAUGCGAGGGACACAUAACAUGUGAUUUUUGGCCUUUCUUUGACUAAUUCAAAUUAGUCCUACCCAGUUUGAACUCAAGUCUGGCAUACAAGUCUCAAAUACAUGCACUUUACAUUUGUAUCACAAAAUCAGUCGACCCUGUCUUGAUGUUACACCUUUGAAGUUAUCUUUAUUUGUUGUCGAUGAGGAUGUAUUUAUUGUAGGCUAAUUUUUCAUUUGUGAUCUCUUAAUUCCUGAUUUUGUCGCACAUCUCCAUGAUCGAUCCUCAACAGGGAAGUGCCAGGAGUUGCCACUACGCUGCACCACUGGAUCAACUUUUUGCCUGAAAAAUUCCAGUUUCCCUCUUUCAUUGACAGUGAAGGAUACACAGUUUAGUCUUGUCCAUCUUAAAUAUGUCCACCAAACAUUGCUAGGAAGCAGAAGGCGAUGAUCUCUGAGUCUGUCGUUGGUGACAACCUCAACUUGUUGCAUUCCACUGAAGGCUGCAGCAUACAAAACAUACAAGUCAUCAUUUUUAAACUUGUUCCUGAAAACAGCACAAACAUCUUCAAGCUUGUAGACAGAAGUUCUCCAAGCUUUGUUUACUAUCACAAGCACUUUCUUUUGUUGUGCCGCAAAGUGAUGUGCUGUGGCCACCAGCCUGUCCGUGGAAAAUGACAUAUUUGCUCCUGAGCCAUAGGCGGCAACAUUCAUGCCAUCAAUUACCACAUCAAAUGGUCCUCUUCUUUGAAUAAAGCUCUUCAAUUCUUCCAACUCUUUCUGUAUUUUCUUGUCCAGAUUUUCACCUGCCACUUUGGAAAUAACCAGUUGAGGGCUGUUGGACAGUUUGAUUAGCUCCCUUUCUAACUGUUGUAUAUCUCCUGGGAGGAUGCCACUCAUCAAUUGAUUUCCACAAGAUGAGCAUGUUCCUACUUCACUUAUUCUGCUGUAUUUCCACUUCCAGUGAUAAACAGGGUCGUGAUUCAGCCAAGAGCGAACUGCUACAAGCAAUUUAACCGGUAACCUUUCACCAGUUUGUUGAAGAUAACUAAAAACCAUAUUUGACAUUUUCUUGUGAUGGUUUGUAUCAACUUUGCCUUCCUUACCAUGAUCGUUCUCAUUAACUGGGAGACUUUUAGGGUUAAGAAGCAAUUCGAUCAUGUCUUUGAUUGGCGCAGACAUGUUUUCAUUAAUUCCGAAAUUUUCCAACCUUUCUAGUUUCUCCUCAAAGACUCGCAAAGCUUUUUCCGAUUGUCCCCUCUUGGCCAUAGAGGUUAUAAUAUAAUCAUAAUGACGAGUGUGGUGAGCUAUAUUACUUUCCACAAUGGCGUGCAGCAUGCCGACAGCCUGGUCAAAAAGUCCCCGAUUGCUGUAAGAUUUAAUCAUCGAGAAUUUAGCUCCUUCGCCAAUGAAAACAGCAUUUCGUUUAAUGUCUUCGUACAGCUUGUCUACAGCUUCAUGUUCAUUGUGUUGCACAAACAAAUGUAAUAGCCAAGAGUAACAACCGUCUAUUUUCCACGACUUUCCACCGUUCCUGCUCUCUUCAAAUAGCCUUACGGCAUCCGUUACCUUACCAGUCUUAAUGUAGUGUUUCAUCGUCGUUUCAGUCUCUACAUUUUGGCCGUUUCCAUGGGUAUGAACAGAAGUUGAAGCUUUUGAAGAUAGAAAGGAUCUGAAAAGCAGACACGUGCUUGUUACACAAGCUCUCUUUCUCGUCGUAAGACACCUCAGCCGAAUCAUACCGGGUUCUCGUUGGAUAAAGCAGCUGAAUGUUCCUAAACUGUUUCCAAAAACAACAGUCAUACAACAGUUAAGAAGAUAAAGCAAUGGACUAGACUGCUUCUGUCCUUCCCCGCUCUCUGGUCCCUGUGCUCCUAAAUCAUCAUGAAACUGCAGUCAUCUAAUCAGCGGCUACCAAGUUAGUGCCAGUUGAUGCUCGAGUUUUAGUUCCGCUCUAGGAACGCCUGUCUGAAUUAAACACGACGCUCACUUUGCGAGAGCGGUCAAUUAACGCUGUUUCUUAAUAUGUUCCUUUAAAAUUUUGCGCAGGAAAUAAGCGUGUAGCCAGCCGAAACUGAUUCCCUCUCACAUACCAAUGUUUUAUAAUAAUAACAAUAAAAGAAGUUUAAUUCCACCAUCAUCGCAGUUAAUCUGAAUUACAAUGAGGUAAAAUUUGUACAAUGCAUUCGUAUAAAGCAUUCUCGUCUUUGCCCCACAGUUGCACUUUUGGUGAAGGUUGAAAAAGAUCAAGUUUUAUAUACUUUCUGUGUUCUCUACCAUGUAAAUAUUCGUUUCUUUGCUUUUAGAAGUUCUCCAUGAAUUACAUAUUGUGUCUAAUGGUACUUUUCCAGAACAGUUUUCUGUUUCCUUCUCACUAGCGAUUAGGUUUUCCUUGAUAAAAUGACAUUUCCCGGUAAACAGCCUAAAUUUUCAACAUGAUCUCAACCCACUAAAAAAUCUCACAUGAAACUAAAUGUUAUUGUUAGUAAAUUUCCACACAACUCACAUGCUUUAACAUUAACUACCAAUCAAAUUUGCCAUAUGUUGUCUUGAGCUUCACCCCAUCAUGUGUCAUUUUCCCAUAAACAACCUGCAUUUUAUCACAUAUUCCACAAGGCAUUUGAACUUUUGAAGAUUGGUUUGAUCAAGGUAAAGGUAUGAUCAGCCACUGUGACUUUCUUGUAGACCUAGGGAAAACUUGACAGUUCUGAUUCAAAUUCCCCUCCCCACCCAAGCAAGAUUGAAAUUCCCUGCCCUGUGAGCACAGAUGACAGUAAAAUGCCCAUGGGUAGACAGGGAGGAAGAGGGGGGAAUUUCAAACUUUGAAUUGAUUGGCACAUAACAGAAAUACAUAACUUAAGGCAAGAAGAAGUUCACAACUAUCAUUUAACAAAAAGCCAUUUUUUUUCCUCCAACAGUAAUAACAUUUACAUAAGUGCCACAGGGUAACCUGAAUCACAUAAUUUAUCUUAACAUUUACAUAAGUGCCACUGGGUGACCCGAAUCACAUAAUUUAUCAAAUAUACCAUUAUAUUUGUUUACUGGAAGAGCCAUUCAGUUAUGUCUCAAUAAACAAGUUUCAAAAUUCUCUCUUGUACAUAGCUUUUAAAAAAUGUGCAUUUAAAAUAAAUUUUUGAACCGUUUUGAUCUCCUUGAACACCUCCAUGCUUCAUUAGCAACAGGAAAGUGCCAUGAAUUCCCAUUGUACUGCACAACAGGGUCAACUCUAUCUCUGAAAAAUUGCAGUUUUCCUUUUCCUCCUUUUGUGAAGCUUACACGGUUUAACCUUGUCCAUCUUGAGAAUAUCCAUCCCACUUCAGCUGGGAAUAAAAGGCGGUGAUCUCGAAGUUUGUCAUUGGUGACAACCUCAACAUAUCGCAAUCCACUCAUGGCUGCAGCAUACAAAAGGUACAAAUCAUCAUUUCCAAAGCUGCUCAUGAAAACAGCACAAUUAGUAGUUUUGAGAGCCCUAGUGGCUUUCCUAUUUUCCAGUUCUUUCUUAGAUAAUACAACCAUAACAUUCUUCUGUUGUAUGGCAAAGUGAUUUACCAUUUCUAAUAGCCUGUGUGAUGAUAACUUAAAUUUUGAUUCUGUGCAAAGGACAUUCAAGCCAUCAAUAAUUACGUCAAAUGGCCCCUUUUCUUUGACAAACAUCUUCAAUUCUUCUAUCUCUUGGUACAUCUGGUCUUCUAAACUUAUAUCGUUCAGUUUAAAAGUAGACUUCUGUGGAAUUUCAAAAAGCCUUAGGAUUUCAAAUUUCAACUGGCGUACAUCCUCUAAGGGUAAGCGGUUUAUCAACAUAUUACCACAGAAAGAGCAUUUUCCUGCUUCACUAAUUGUGCAGUUCUGCCAAGUCCAGUAGUUAUUUGGAUCAUGCAUGAGCCACGAGUGAAUUGCACGAAUUAAUCUUAAUGGUAAUCUUUCCCCAUUUUGUUCAAGAUAACGAAACACCAUCUGUGAUGUUCUAGUAUGACGAUGUUCAUCAAAAACCUCUCCCUUAAUUAUCAGAUUUUCAGGAUUGAGGAGCAGUUCAAUCAUUUCCGCGACGUAUUCACUUAAGUAUACUUUGGUUGGAAAGUGUUGUUGCCUCUUCAAUUUCUCCUCGAAGACCUGUAUGGCUUUUCCUAUCUGUCUACGCGUUGCCAUACUGGUUAUUACCAAGUCAUAAGCAUCUGUGUCGUAAACCUUAAGAUUGACGAUGGAACGCACAAUUUUCAUGGCUUGUUCGUAAAGUCCCCAGUCGCAGUAAGAUUUCAGCAAUUUAGUCUUGUUUUGUAUAUUACUGGAUUUAGUAUAAUGUUUGAUGGCUUCAAAUAACUUCACAGCUCCUAUAAUAUCUCCGUUGCCAUUUUCCUUCGUUUCAGAAUCCAAAUUUUGGCCGUUUUCAAGGGUCUUACCGUAAUGCGGAGCCUCUGAAGACAGAAACGUUCUUUGAAACGAACACGUGCUUACGUAACCACCUCUCCAUAAUGGUGUAAUGUACCUCAGUCGCAUAUUAGAAGCAGAUCUGCCCGCAUCAAGCUUUUUUCUUUUCAAAUAUUAUCUCAAAAGUAAGGAAUUACUUCACACCUUUAGCCAUAAACGGGUGAAGAUUACUAAUAUUUUGUCACCGUAACAUUUCCAAAAGAAAGAGACAGUGAAGUUCCUAUAUAUUCUACUCUGUCUUCGGAAAGUCAUCGCCUGCAUCCUUCGCCCGCAGUUUAUAUAAUCAGCGGCUAUCAAAUUAGAGCCAGAUAUCAGACGAGCUUCAUUAUGUAGCUAGGAACGCCUGACUGAAAACAACCUUGAACACUAUGAAAGCAUCCAGCGUGCCAUUUUCUACGUGCGAAAGAGAUUUUCUCCUCAAGGGAAUCGGAUCGGGAAAGGUUUACUGCACCAGAGUACCUGCUUUUGCUUUUUAUUUUCCCUCUAUUGUUGAUUAUAAUAGACUGCUAAAGUUUUUUUGUAUUAAUAAAUAGCGCAUAGAUGGACGCGAAGCCUACGACUACCGGAAACUCAGAAUUUCAUUUGGUGUAGACAGAGGACAUUGCGAGGUUCAACUGGGUGAAACAAGGUACGGCAACAAUUCGUUCUGGAUGGUCCUGAGGCAUUUCCUUUCUAUAAAUUAGUCGCAAUUUGGACUUGUGUUAUAAACGUUUUGAUUAUUCACAUCAGUGGAUAGUGAUAAUGGAUGGAACUGAGUGGAAUACAAUUUCGUCUGGAAUCGUUCGCGCGAUGGCUGGGUAAAAUAGUUAUCAGUUAAUAAGUCGCCAAUCAGAAAGGAAGGACGACCAAUGACUUUAAAACGGAUGUAUUACAUUACAGUAAAAAGUGGAAUUACCUAAAUAAGUGGACCAGGGCCAAAGGUUUGGGCGAAGCUGUUUAAGGGGAGGAUAACGCCUUCCAAUGGGUAAAUCGCUAUUCAGCAAAUUACACUAGGCUAUCCACUGGAUAAUCAUUUUUCCAGUGGAUAAUGCUGUCCACCUUUUAAACAACUGCAACGCCAAGUGCAAAACCUCUUUUGUGAAGAUGUAUUAUUCAAAGGCUCUCAAACUUUUUACCCUUGUUUCUAAGCAGAUACACAGAGUAUCUUGGGAAUAAUUUAUUAACCCUUUGACCCUUAAGAGUGACUAGCAUCUAAUUUCUCCUUACAAUACCAUCCCUGAUUAAAACAUUACUGACAUGAGAAUAAAAGAAAGGAUCACUAACUAAGAAAGCUCUUAAAUGUUAAACAAAUUCUCCUUCUCAGCACCUUAGGAAAUGUAUGGUGAACAGUAUGGAGAAUAUACUUACUGAUGUUAGGGUGUAAAGGGUUAAUUGUUGCCCUCAGAAUUCUGAUUGUCCAAAACAACAAUGAAAAAUAGGCACAUUAUAUUUGUCUUGGAUAGGGUUUUAGCUCAAGUGUCUUGUGAAGUUGUUCAACCAAAGCCAAAUAGACCCACAGAAGGCCAGCUAUUUCUCAAUGUGGAACUUUCACCAAUGGCAUCACCAGCCUUUGAGUCAGGAAGGUAAGUUAGAUAUUUCACCAUCAGGAAUGGCAACAUUAUUUCUCGGUAUAGCAUCAACACGAUACACAACACACAGACAGAUGAUAACAAUAACAAUUAUCAACUGACAAGUUUAAAUUGUUUUAAUGCCAAUUCAGAACUAACAUAACAAGGAGUGUGCUACAGAUUAUAAAUUUUUAAUAUCUUCCUUGAAUAUGCCCUUACAUCCUCUUAUAGAAUGACUGAAUUUGGCACUGAACUUAACCGAUUUAUGGAGAGGUGUUAUGUAGAGUCACGAGCUAUUGAUGUAGAAUCUCUAUGCAUUGUUGCUGGUGAAAAGGUUUGGAUUAAUUAAACUGAAUUACAUGUUUUGUCAUGUUCUCUUUAUUCUCAGUUUUAUAAAGACACUCUCCAUUGUAGAAAAAUGUUUGUAAUGAGGUCACCAAAAGUACCAUUUGUGUAUUUUUAUUUAUAAUUUAUUAUCACUUAAAAUCAAUAAAUCAUGUACUCUGGUGAAAUGAAUAUUGAUCUUGAUUGUAUCAUAGUGAUUUCUCGUUGAAUACAUUUAUUUUCUAAUUAUCAUGAUUAAUACCAGGAAAUAUUUUAUGUGACAUAGGUUUGGUCAAUAAGGGUUGAUGUGCAUGUAUUGGACAAUGGUGGUAACAUUGCUGAUUGUGCAAGUAUUGCUGCAAUUACAGCUUUGGCUCACUUUAGGUAUGCUUGUUUAUCAAAACCUUGAAAUUGCUUUUUUUGUUGAAGAUGUCAGUGCUUUUUUUCAUUGUGAUUAUAAUCAUUAUCAUAGUGAUAAAUAAAUGUUUUAAAUAAGUUGCUUAGGUGGUAACCUGAAGAAGACUGACUCAAAACACUCUCAGUGAUUUUCAUAUGAUAGCUUGAUUUAUCAGUUGAUUGUGACUCCAAACAAAGACAAAAAUGAUUAAAAAUUCAUUUGUUAACUAAUUUUUGGCAUGAAUUUUCCUUUUAAGCAAAUAAUCAUUCUUCCAAGAUAAUGUGCCCAGAAAUCAAUGUCUUAUCUUGUCUUCAAUGCUCAAAGAUUUGAAUUUUUUCAGUUUCAACCAAAGAAAUUCACAAAAAAACAUGCAAAAACUCUAAAAUUUUGACUUUCUUUUGUGUAACAAAAAUCAAAUGUACCCUUGACCUGAUCUCAAAAAAAUAUUCCCUUGCUUUUCUAGGCGGCCAGAUGUGUCUGUUAUCGGUGAAGAUGUCACAAUUGUAAGUGUUCAAUUGAGGCAAGGCACAAAAUUUUAUUUUCAAUAUGGGAUUUAUUUUCAACAUGGAAAAAGGCUGAUAAUAGACUAGUGUAUCACUUAGCAGUCAUUUUUAAUUUCCUGGGAUAAGACUCUUUUUAUAAGACUGUCCAGACUCAAUUGUACUGGUAGCUAGAUAUACAGGAACAAAUCUUUUCAUCUACAGGUUGUUGCUAUAUUAUGAAGAUCAAUCCCAGUACCAAUGAUAAUGAUGAUCAUUAUGAUUUUAAUUUAUGAACAUUUUUAUUUAUGAUAGUGAUUAUAAGUAAUUCCUAUAAUGAUAAUGAUUGGGAUGAUGAUGUUCAUGGCAAUAAAAGUGCUGAUUUCAAGCCUCAUAGCAAUAAUGACAUACUCUGCUCUGUCUUAUUUUAUCAGCACUCUCCAGAGGACCGUGAUCCAGUCCCUCUCAGUAUCCUUCAUAUGCCUGUCUGUAUAACAUUUGGCUUUUUCAAUGAGGGGUAGGCCAUUAUUUCAUGUUUUCAAUUAUUUCAAUCUGCAUGUGAUGAUAUUUUGGAGCAUUUCUACGAUAAUUAUAAAAUUCGGUCAAACCUGCCUUAAAUAACCACUCAGACUGAGGGACAUAUGCUAUGACUUCAAUAAGACAAACACUUUGGGUGGCCUUCAAGGGUCACAACUUUUGUCUUUGUUGUGUUUCUGAAAAGCUUCUGUGCAAUUUUUUACAUGUUAAUUUAUUCUUCUGAAACAAAGUACGAACUUUGAAAUAAAAUAAAAAAACCCAGAAGCAUGUGUCCCCUAAAGCUACUCCAGGGAAAUCGGCAUUCCCAAAAUUGAUGGGAAUUUAAAGAAAAAACACAAAACACUGCAAUCAUUUUUUCAACUAACAAUUCAAAUAUUUUUCCCAGGCAAAGGUUGCUUGUAGAUCCAACAGAUAAAGAGGAAAUUGUAAUGAAUGGGAGAAUGAUCAUGGCAAUGAAUAUUCAUCGUGAAAUCUGUGGAGCAGUGAUGGGUGGUGGAGUUUCAUUAGAAUCUGAACAGGUACAUUUAUUCUGACUGAUACCAGUAUUCUCCAGAAGUGCAGGCAGUUAGCAUAUUUGCUAGCCACUCUUUUCUGAAGCACUGGCUUCUUCAGUUAGACAAGUACUAGUGUCUAGAACUGAAGUAGGUUGAUAUUUAAGUGUGACUGACCACUAAAAGAAAUCUGAAGAACAUCCGAUAUCAUUUUUUCCAAGAUCUUCAAGAAUAUUUACUCUGCCAAAGGAUUUAAGGGAUGGUUUUUAAGGAUUUCCACCCAUAAUCAUCUUGCUGAAAACUAUCUCAAUCUCUUUCAAAAUGUUUUGACUAAAGAUUUUUUGUCCCCACAUAAAUCUCAAGGUAAUGGUAGAUAUCCUUGGCAAUACCUGAUAUCCUACUCCUUAACUUUUUCUUAGCAAUAUCUUUUUAAUUUUUAUUUUUUAUCUCAAAUUUCAAACAAUAGUAUAAUUUUCACAUUAAUUUGGCUCAUUGUUACUUUGAACAAAUGAUUUAAAAGAGUAAUCAAAACAGCCAAGACAAUUUCAUUCCAAAAAGUUUGCUUUGUGAACAACAGAAUAUGAAAUGAUCAUCAUGUUGCUUAUCUAGAUCCUGAGAUGUUCCAAGAUUGCAUCAGUGAAGGUUACUGAAAUUGUCGCUCUUAUACAAGAGGCACUGGAGGAGGAUUCUAAACAAAGGUAAGUGUGAUGAUGAAAGAGAUAUUAGAAUAAGUCUUCGAGCUGUCUAGUCAGAAACUGGUAGACCAGUUAACCCUUUGACGUCUAAGAGUGACCAGACAUUUAGGUCAUGAGAAUAAAUUAAAUGAUCACCAACUACAGAAGCUCUUGAUUAUUACAUAAAAUAUCCUUGUCAGUACCUUAGGAAAUGUAUAGAGAACAGUAUGGAGAAUAAGUUAACUGAGUUAGGAUGUAAAGGGUUAAGUAAUCAAAAAGAAAACGAUUGUUAACAUUCCAAUAAUAAUUAUCAAAUGAUUAUUUUUGAAUGCUUAACUCAGUGUAAUCUAUUGCAUUAUAAAAACACCUUUCAAUGGAGUAUUUUAAAACCAGAAUCACAGUUGCUACUGACAGAGGCCAAGCUUAACAAGGUGGAUGUCAGGAAGAGCCACUAAGAAGUCAAAAUUUGAAGGAUAGAAGUUUGAGUGAUAAAGUUGUGAUUUGUAUAAGUUUUGAGUUCAGUAAAACUAUAUCAAAGACUAAUAAAUUUGUACUCUAUUAUGUCUUAUUUCUUUUUUUCAACCAGAGCUCUUGGGAAAACAGGAUUGAUAGAAUCAGAUACAACACCAUCCAUUAUUACUGUGACAUCAGCUGAUGAGUCUGAGGUGGACAUCAGUGAAGCUGUGGAAAAAGUAACAGGUACAAAUUGGGGAAUUACCCCUCAGGCAUAAUUUAGUGACAAAACAGUGACGAGACUGCUUGCAUCCCACAACUGUGGGCCUGGCUCAAUUUUCAUGCCUGGUAUUAAAUGUGAGUCAGACUUUUUACUGAUGCUCAUCUUUACUCAAAGGACUUACUCCAAUUUAAGGUGUUUUCCUUGUGCCACCGAAAAAUACAAAAUAUUUAAUGCACCAAUUUUGCAAAUGUGCCUCAACUUAGGUGUAGCUAGUCCUCUUGUUUUUCAUCCUAGCAGAGUCAUAUUGCUCAGAAGAAGCAAUUAUUAAAUAGGUAAUUUCCAAACCAAAUCGCAUACUCCAAGAAUAUUUUAUGAACAUGUAUAACAUAGUCCAGUCAUGAAGUGUAAAUUCUCAGCUGGAAGGAGUGAUUCACAGAUUCAGAUUGAAACCUAAAUAAAGCUACCAGAUUUUGAUUAAAGAAUGAGCACAAAAUGGUUGGCAGUGAAGACUGUAAGGAAGGCAAAGAAAAGCUUAACAAUUAGGCAGUGAUAAACUAGAAUCGUUUUAGAGUAGGUAUGGAUUGCAUAAAAACAGCAGAAAGAUGAGGUAGAUGGUAGAAUUUUAGCUGUGUAAGGAAAACAGUUGAGCAAGCUUGACCUAUGAUGAGACUCAGACUUGAGAAUGGUAUAAAAGAGUUAUACAUUAUUUUACUCUUUACUUCACAGAAAGACAAUAUGAUGAUAUGACAGCAAUGGAAGAAAAGUAUCCUUUACAAAUAAUUUGUCAUUUGGAAAUUAUUCUCACUGUAUAAAAUCAAACCAAUUUUUAGGAGUAUUCUGUACUGUACUGCAGUCUUCAUAAUCUUUUUUUUUUUUAAUAAUCAUUCAAGUGCCAUUGUGAGAUUCUUCAAAGGCAACUGUAACCUUUUUUUUUUUUUUUUGUUUCAUUAAGCAAAAGUACAAAUUACAAAGAACAAUCUAAAAGAGUUACUAGACUCCUUGACAAUGAAUAAUCUUGCAGUCCAUGGGGAGCACAAUUGAAGGUAAUUUGUUAUUGGAGCAAUUUGCGAUUGAGUGUCCAAAAUAAUUCAUAAUUACUUUGGGUUUGCUUUUCUUUGCUAUGUAAUUGGUCCACAAAAUUUUACUAUCUUUUCAACCAAUCAGGUUUGAAGCUAAAACCAAACGUGACUUGGCUAUUGGCGUUUUCCCACCCUAUGGGCAAUUUGCUUAUUUUUACUUUGUGUUCUCAUUAGCUGCUCACUAUGACAUUUUCCUGCACUCCAGAUCUCAAAUUGAUUUUGGAACAAUGAACGAAAAGCCGCCUCUCUUAAUAGAGCGUAUUUCGCGAGAGGGUCGUAAAGCAAAGGCAAAUAAAUCACAAAAGCCAAUCAAAGGAAAUGAAAAGAUCACGAGGAGCCAAUGAGAACGCAGAUUAAAAAUAAGCAAACUGCCUGAAGCGAUGGAAAACGCGAGUGACCAGGUCACGAUUGGUUUUAGGUUUGAUUCUGAUUGGUUGCUAGGAUGACGCGAGUUUCCUGGACCAAUCACUGAGCGAUGUAAGCCAAAGCAACCCCGGAAUAUUUUUGACUCUCAAGUGGAAAUUUUUCUCUGCAUCACUGCUUAAAUUCAACCUAUAUUUGUGUAUUUGUGUGUUGGUUUACUUUUUUUCUUAUUGUUUGCUUCUGACAGGGACCGGGAACUGCUCAAAUUGGCGAAGGAGGAGACAAUUCUUGGAUCGUUUUAGAUGAAGAAGAUGGAGAAAUGGAAGAAAGUGAGGAGGUUGAAAUAACUGGAGAGGAAAGAAAUAGUGAGUCUCCGACACCAGAACCACAGCAGAAGAAUGGCAGCAAAGGUGAAGAGGGAAAAUCGUUGAACUUUAUGCCUAAUAUUCUGAUUUUCCUAAUACUAUCGCAUAGACCAGAAUUGAUAUUAAAAUCCCUGUCAAUCAAGACCUAUACACCCCAGUGAACCAAUCAGAUCUCGAAAUGGCAAUGUAACAUAUCCUUCUCGCAAGCGAGGGAGUGAGACGACUAAUGCCAGAGGCAGAAAAAUAUGUAAUCAUUGGCAAGCGCGGGAAAAUAUGCUUAUGGUUCCAAGCGCGUAGAAAAUAUGCAAACAGUGCUGAGCGCUGACGGAUAUGCAACUUCUAGUAGUGCCAAGAGUGGGAAAGUAUGUCACUGGUCCAUGUGCGAGGCAAAUAUGCAGCCAAUGCUGAGUGCGGGAAAAUAUGCAAUUUGGUGCAAAGUGUGGAUAUAUAUGUAACCAAUACUAAACACACCGGAAAACAUGCAACUAGUGCCAAGUGCGUUGAGACAUGCAACCGCCAGAAAGCGCGGGAAACUAUGCCGCUUGGUACCAAGCGCGAGUAAACAGCAUUCGAGCACGUGAAAAAAAAAAAACAAACAGGAAGAAUUUAAACCGAACGAAGCCCAACACAGAAACUACUUUUAACGAUCUCUAGAGCUCCUUACUUCGUCUUGUCUUUGUUGCAGUCGUUCACUCCAUCGUGGAUAAUGAUGACAGCGAGGAGGAAGACGUUAUAAUACUGACUGCCGAAAGAAGUGAUGUGAUUCAGAAGAGGUAUGUUUGGACUAAAAAAAAAAACGGUUACUGAAAGGCAAAGUUAUAAAACUAUUUGUGAACUCUGUUUUUCUUUUCUUCCAUAGCUCUCAGCCAAUACGUACCCAGGAAACCUUAGAUUUUAGUGGGGCGUUGAAAAGUGACAGCGGAAAGAACAGUAACAGCAAAAAGAAAAAAAAGAAAAGAAAAUCUGGAAACAGAACAUCGCAAACUUCUUAG